CUGAGGUGCAGAGUGAAGCAGCGUCACCGCCAUAUUGGAUGGGUCUACUCGCGCUAGACUGGCUUCACAACCAGCUGUAGUCAACCAAGAAGUACAACAGUGCCGGUUGUUUGAACAGCCUUCAGAUGCAACAACAAACGCUCUGUGCAUAGUAGAAUUACCGUUCACAAGUAAGUUCUAACAACAGUUUGGUUGUUAGACUAAGAGGUGCUAGACUUUUGCACCGGGGAGGAACAAGUCAACCCCAUUAGUACGGGGGCGGGGUUAGAAAAAAAACAAGGAAUUUCCUGGUGAGCUACUGCAACGCAGGAAGAUGAAUGUUGGCGUAGCUCACAGUGAGGUGAACCCCAACACCAGGGUGAUGAACAGCAGAGGAAUAUGGCUCACCUAUCUCCUUUUGACUGUGGUGUUGCACGUCGUUCUGCUCAGCAUUCCUUUCCUCACAGUGCCGCUCGUCUGGACCCUCACAAAUGUCAUCCACAACUUGGCGAUGUACCUAUUCCUACACACAGUGAAGGGGACCCCCUUCGAAACUCCAGACCAGGGCAAAGCUCGGCUCCUCACACACUGGGAACAGAUGGACAACGGCAUCCAGUUCACUUCUUCUCGCAAAUUCCUCACUAUUUCACCCAUUGUUCUCUAUAUCCUCACAAGUUUCUACACAAAAUACGAUCCUACGCAUUUUUUCAUCAACACCUGCUCCCUUCUGAGCGUCCUCCUCCCCAAGCUCCCACAAUUCCACGGAGUACGGAUAUUUGGCAUCAACAAAUACUGACAGACCCAGAUUUCCACCGUCAACACUGGACUUUUAAAUUUCUGUUGCCUUUUGAACUGUCUUCAGUUUGGAAGAUGAGAGAGGAGUAAAAGAAGUGCACAGCUGUGCUUUUCCAUGAAAAUGUGUUUAUUUAUGUCUGACACUCCUGUUGUUGAAUUCAGAUGUGUGUUUGAUUACUGCCAAAAGGUGAGUGUUUUGUAGCAGGUCCUUUUUGUUGCACGCAUGUACACUCCUUAAAUAAACUUUUUUUUUUUUUUGCUACAACAU